AGUUUCCCGGCCGCUCUUCUCGCGCAUGCGCUGUCAGAUCAGUCGUUUUCAGUCCCCUUCCUUAACCCGGCCAGAGUUGGUGGCUGGAGACAUCCUGAGACUUGGGGUGGCGAUGCUGCACUUCUCUUUGCUCUGGGCGACUCGGCCUCUGCAGAGAUGUGGUCAGCUGGUCAGGAUGGCCAUACGGUGCCAGCACAGUGAGGCAGCCCAGACCCAGACUGGAGAAACAACCAGGGGCUGGACAGGCCAGGAGAGGCUGUCGGACAGUGAUCCUGAGCUGUGGGAGCUGCUGCAGAAAGAGAAGGACAGGCAGUGUCGUGGCCUGGAGCUCAUUGCUUCCGAGAAUUUCUGCAGCCGAGCUGCGCUGGAAGCCCUGGGGUCCUGUCUGAACAACAAAUACUCGGAGGGUUAUCCUGGCAAGAGAUAUUACGGGGGAGCAGAGGUAGUGGAUGAAAUUGAGCUGCUGUGUCAGCGCCGGGCCCUGGAGGCCUUUGAUCUGGAUCCUGCACAGUGGGGAGUCAAUGUCCAGCCCUACUCAGGGUCCCCAGCCAAUCUGGCCGCCUACACAGCCCUCCUGCAGCCUCACGACCGAAUCAUGGGGCUGGACCUGCCAGAUGGGGGCCAUCUUACCCAUGGGUAUAUGUCUGAUGUCAAGCGGAUCUCAGCCACAUCCAUCUUCUUCGAGUCUAUGCCUUAUAAGCUAAAUCCCCAAACUGGCCUCAUCGACUAUGAGCAGCUGGCACUCACUGCUCGGCUUUUCCGGCCUCGGCUCAUUAUAGCUGGCACCAGUGCCUAUGCUCGCCUCAUUGACUACGCCCGCAUGAGAGAGGUGUGUGAUGAAGUCAAGGCACACCUGCUAGCAGACAUGGCCCACAUCAGUGGCCUGGUGGCUGCCAAGGUGAUCCCCUCACCUUUCCAGCAUGCAGAUGUUGUUACCACCACCACUCACAAGACCCUUCGAGGGGCCAGGUCAGGACUCAUCUUCUACCGGAAGGGGGUUCGGACUGUGGACCCCAAGACUGGCCAGAAGAUCCCCUACAUGUUUGAAGACCGAAUCAACUUUGCUGUGUUCCCAUCCCUGCAGGGGGGCCCCCACAACCAUGCCAUUGCCGCAGUAGCUGUGGCCCUCAAGCAGGCCUGUAGCCCCAUGUUCCGGGAAUACUCCCUGCAGGUUCUGAAGAAUGCUCGAGCCAUGGCUGAUGCCCUGCUGGAGCGGGGCUACUCGCUGGUGUCUGGUGGCACUGACAACCACCUAGUGCUGGUGGACCUGCGGCCCAAGGGCCUGGAUGGAGCUCGGGCUGAGCGGGUGCUGGAGCUUGUAUCUAUCACAGCCAAUAAGAACACCUGUCCUGGAGACCGAAGCGCCAUCACACCUGGGGGCCUAAGGCUUGGGGCCCCAGCCUUGACCUCUCGGCAGUUCCAAGAGGUUGACUUCCGGAGAGUCGUGGACUUUAUAGAUGAGGGUGUUAACAUUGGCUUGGAGGUGAAGAGUAAGACUGCCAAACUCCAGGAUUUCAAAUCCUUCCUGCUCAAAGACCCAGAAAUAAGUCAUCGGCUGGCUGACCUCAGACAACGUGUGGAGCAGUUUGCCAGGGCUUUCCCAAUGCCUGGUUUUGAUGAGCGCUGAGGGCACCUAGGAAACGAUGCCCACAGAUGGAAAUUUAUCCUCCUCCCCACUACCUGGACCAGUGGAGGGAGCACCUAUCUUCCAAAUUUUUGCUGGAGGAGGGAAAGCCUCCCACUUAGGGGAGGAGCCAGGUAGUUUCCAUUUCCAGAAUUUGUAGCUGAGAUUUCUUCUUGUAACAAGACUUCAGCAGAGGAGGUCUGGGGCUUUCUGCCCUAACUUCCAUUAUCUCAGUGUUACAGACUCCCUACUCUUUCCCUGGGAGACAGGAGUUACCUUUGUGAGCCAGAAGAAGGGAUGGGUAGGCACCCUCCUUUCUGUUUUUAUCUAAUAAAAUACUAACCUGU